GCUACCGAGUCUACGUCAUUGGCCAGCGCCAAGUCCUGGCUUGCCCGCUCGGCGAAUUACGAUCAAACGCGUCGGUCUGUGCUAUUUAAUGGGCGGAGAUUCAUCGCGAAACCCCAAAUCCACUUCGGAGUCCGAGUAUUUUGGUAUUUUGCUGCUUGCUCCUUGCUAGCUGUUUGUGUUGUGCAAUUCCAUUAUACCGGUACCUCGACAAAUUGUUUGCCAAUCCAGGCAUAUAGCCAUAUAUAGGUGAAUUUAAUUCGGGCAAGUUGAAUUCCUAUCCGUGGUUAGUCUGGUUUAUGGGAAGUGAAAGAUAACUUACAUCUUAUUUACCCUUUCCUCAGAACUCUUCCAACUUCUCAACAAACUGUAAUCAACCAUGCCUCCAAAGAAGCGAUCAGCAAGCACAAAGGCAGGUGGGAAGGGGGCUAAAGUGUUGAAGAAAGAACCAGAUGAUGGUGGACUGAAGGCUGCUGUUGAGAAACUCAAAACUGCUGACAAAGAGAAGAAAUCAUCUCAUACUAAAGAUAGCCAUUGUAGUUGGCCUGGUAGUGUGUUUGAUGAUUUUGACUGUAUGCUGAACCAAACUAAUAUUGGCCACAACAACAACAAGUACUAUGUUGUUCAACUCUUGCAAUCUCACUUAGGAUAUGCUGUUUUUACCAGAUGGGGAAGAGUGGGAGAGUCAGGCCAGCAAGCAACACAGGAAUUUAAUGGCAGUGAUAUCGAAGCUGCCAAGAAAUUCUUCUGCAAGAAGUUUAAUGACAAGACCAAGAACAAGUGGGAAGACCGGGCAAACUUUGUGCCCAAGGCCGGCAAAUAUACCCUGAUAGAGGUGGAGGACGCAGAUAACGAGGAACUUCAGGAGACGAGUGAAAAGCUUGCUGAGGUAGAUGACUCGUCUAAGACAGUGCUUCCUUCCAAGCUGGAUAAGGUUACACAGGAUUUUGUCAAACUGGUUUUCAACGAGGACAUGUUCAAGGAACAGAUGACCAAGUUUGAAAUUGAUGUAAAGAAGAUGCCGCUUGGUAAGCUCAGCAAGGCUCAGAUCGCCAAGGGCUUUGAAGCUUUAGAAGAACUUGAAGAUGCGAUACAGAAGAAGGCAAACAAGGGCAAGUUGAGUGAACUUUCCUCCAAGUUUUACACCAUCAUCCCUCAUUCUUUUGGAAGGAAUAUACCUCCUCUGAUUGAUGAUGCUGAGAAGAUCCAGGCAAAGAAAGACAUGCUUAUUGUUCUUGGAGAUAUUGAGCUUGCACUGGGUAUGCAGAAGGAAAAGAAGAAAAAAGAUGCUGCUGCUGGCGAUGCUAUACCCCAUCCACUCGAUGUCAAGUAUGAUCUUCUCAAAUGCAAUCUGGAGCUUCUUGACCCAUCAUCCAAGGAGUUCAAAAUUGUUAAGACCUACAUUGCUAACACUGGCCACAGUGGUUCUGAGAAGCAGCUUCUUCAUGUCUGGAAGAUGGACAGAGAAGAUGAGAGUGAUAGAUUUACUGCACACACUGAUAUCACAAACCGUCGUCUCCUGUGGCAUGGUACCAAUGUGGCUGUAGUAGCCGCUAUCUUGAAAACGGGACUUCGCAUCAUGCCACAUUCAGGAGGACGAGUAGGACGAGGCAUAUAUCUUGCAUCGGAGCAAAGCAAAUCACGUGGAUAUGUUGGAGUAGCAAACGAUGGCCGAGCCGUGAUGUUCCUGAAUGAAGCAGCCCUGGGUAAAGAGCAUUACAUCACAGCUAAUAAUAGCUCUCUUACUAAAGCACCUAAUGGAUGUGACUGUGUCAUUGCUAAAGGAAACCAAGAACCAGAUCCGAAGAAGGAAACCGUCUUGAAGCUUGAUGGCAAGGAUGUGGUUGUCCCCCAGGGAAAACCAGUCAAGCAAUCAAAAUACUCGUCAUCUCACUUCUACCAGAGCGAGUACCUCCUCUAUAAAGAAAGUCAGAACAGAAUGAGAUAUCUCUGCCUCUUCAAGUUUUGGUAAUCACCUCACAUUGCUGCAAUGUAUCUUGGUUGCUUGAGGAUUGUCUGAACAGACUUCUGCUAGAAAUUGUGUCUCUUAGAUAAGGUAUGAAACCUGUGGAGCAUUUGUUAUUCAACAUAUUUACGUUAGCUGGUAGAAAUAUAUUGACUGUCCACUCUUCUUUUUUGUUAUUAUAAGGUGUAUGUAACAUAUGCUUUAUUCACUGCCCUCUGACUCACUUUUAUUACAGUAGUUGCAUGUGCUGAAUUUUGUUGAAGUGAAAUUUUUCAGAAAAUUUGCUUCAAAUUCUGUCACUUGAUUUGAUCAGAGUGUGAAAACAGGAUUGCUUUUGACCAUUGCAUGUUAACUAUUCUUUAAUUUAAUCUGAAAAAAAAUCUUACAACUCAUAAAGCAGUUGUGUGUUAUGUUCAAAGAUCAUGAUUUUUUUUUUCAUUUUGCUUUUAUAAAUGAAUGCUUUGAUCAGAACGAAAUGAAAAUGAAUAACAUACAGUAUCUGUGUAGGAGAAGAAGGAUACAUAUAGGAAAAUAUUCUAGGUUUUCCUGGAGAAAUGAAAAGAUAUUCAACCAUCUAAGUAUGAUUAAGAAACCUAAUCUUAACCCAAUUCCAUCCUAUAUCUUGCCCGAGAGGCAGUUGCCUUUGUGGAAAAUGCAGCUUUUUAGAUGAACAAUUUCAAUUUGUUGAAAUAUCAGUUUAUACUUCAAAAUGAUGAAAUGUUGCUCUUAUCAUAUGACAAUUUAUAUAAUCGCUUUCAAACUGCUCCUUUUUCUAAGAAUGUUGGUAUCAAUCCAUUCUGCUGUGCUUGGCGAAUCCAAGUAUGUAGAAUUUCAGUAUAAACAGGUACUGUGAUUAUCUACAAAUGGCAGUUCAAAUGACAGAAAUAUCUUCUAUUUUUAACUUCCUUUUUAUUUGAAAACAUGUUCUCUUUUGCCAAAUGUCAGCUGUAUCCACUUUUAUGCUGUUUUAAUUCCAUUGUUGAUAGAAAUUUCCUGUCUUUCUUACAGAAUUACAUGUGUGAAGAUAUAUUCUCUAAGUGAGUUAGAAAUAAUUUUAUGAUGAAUGUUUUAGAGAUGGUACUUUUUAUAAGCUUGUGGAAUAAGGCUAGUCUAGAUAUCUUAAUGCAUAUUAAUAUACAGAGGGUAUAUUCACUUGCCAAUAAAUUCAUAUAUUUUACCUGUCAAAUCAAAGAUUUUAUAGUCACUGUUUUUAAUAUGCACUGAAAUAUGUUAUGGUAACAUAAUUGUAUCGAUAAAUGUAUUAUUUCUAUGUUUUUUUAAUAAUGCAGACACCAAAAUCUUACAUCAAUUCAUGUAGUAUGAAGAUUUGAUAUGACAUAAAUUAUUUGUAUACAUAUUUCAAUUAAGUGAUCUAAAAAAAUAUAUGAUUCUUUGAAAUCUAUGCAUAUUUUACAGAAAAUGCCUACAGAGUAAAUCAGAACUUUGAUUUUAAUGUAUGAUAGAUUAAUGUGGGUGUGAUGUAAUAGUAUUUUAGUUUAAUUUAAUUUUUGUUUUACAUGUAUUUCAUUUCCAGUAAUACAAUAACAAUAGUGAAUAUCAAAACUUUGAAUACAAAAUUAAGAAUCCAAUGUCAGAAGACAAAGAAAAUACAAACACUCAAAAAGAGAAAAGUUCAUCAGCUAAUGCCUGGGGAUUAUCAAAAUAAAUCAGGAUUCUGUUAAGACUUUUCUCAUUAGCUGGUGAUAAAGAUAGAUCAAAUGCAGUCCAACAUUAUGAACCAAAGAUAUUUUGUAAAAAAUAGAAUAAAAACAUAAGUCACAAAUGCAGGUUUUAGAGGGUUUUUUAAGGAAAACAAAAAUAAAAAAGGAAAGAAAAAGGGGAAAACAGAGUUUUAAUCUCCAUGUUUUAAAUAAUUUAUCAUGUGUAUAUUGUGAAAUGUGUAAAUAGAAAUCAAGAAUAUCAACAUCGAUAAAAAUGUGCUCAUAGUUAUACAAUUUAAUCAAGAAAUAUGGAUUACACAAGCAACUUUUUUACUGUAUGUCUAUAAAAGUUUACAUUUGAUGUUUACAUUUGAUGCUAUAUAGGAUAAACAGGGGGAGAAUAUAAGCCAUUUUUACUUUUAAAGUCAGGAAAUUUGAAAUUUUCUAAGAGACUGUCCACUCCUUGUGCACCCAUGUUAUAUUUGGCCUUAUCUGCCUGUAACUGAUUCUCAAAAUCAUGUUUUAUUUUCUUCACUUUUAACUCAAAGGUCAUCAUGAGUAGAUGACCUUUGAGGGUGAAUAGAGUACAAUAUAUCCAAUGUAUGAAAGGUGUGAACUGUUGUGUAAAACAAUCGUUUUCAAAAUUAUAUCCUUCAUGUUAAUGUAGAAGUUGUAGCUGCACAUACUACAAAUCAUUCUUAUUCCUGUACACCUUGUUGAUGAAGCUAUUCUUUCAAUUCGUUAUUGAAACAAUCUGGGUGAUAUUAUUUUCAAAACUUCCUGAUUGCCAGAAUAAACUAGCUGUAUGAAUGUGUAUUCCAUACAUGUAGACAAAAAGA